AGCCAGUCAGAAAUCACUGUAGUUAGAGCUCUGCAGGGAGAAUCCAAGUUUUCCUAACCUGUGUCACAAAACAAGAGGUCAUGUUGAUGAAUCUCCUGAAAUCAGUUUAAGUGCCCCUCAGGAAUCUUGCCUUCUCCUCAGGCAGAGCGUGGGCUGAUGCUUCGCUACUCUCCACACACCUACUUCCUGAAAUCUUGGCAAUUACCAAUAGUGCAAAACCCAGUUUCUGACGUGGCUGACUCAGCAAGGGCUUGGCAAAACAAACACAUAUGCACAAGGAAUCAGAGCCUGGGAAGCAGUGAUAAGAGACAGAUGACGAGAGGUGGAAGAGAGCAAGAAGAGAAAGAGGCACUAUAGGAUUUACCGGCUGAUUCCAAACCAACAGAAUCUUGCUUGAGCUGCUGAUCGCGACACACAAGUACAUUGUCUAUGGUGGUGGUCGUGGUUCUCAUUACUGAAUUCUGCUGUCUCCCCUCUGCCUGCAGAACUGAGCUGCUGCUCCACCACAGAGAGCUGUGGCUCUUUGUUGAACUCGAGACUGGAGUCCAGUGGCCUCCUACACAGUGCAGUGAACAGCUCCCUUCCUUGUGCUGCCUAGCAUGGAUACUUGGCGGAGAGGAUCCAUUAAAUCCACAACGUUCUUCAAGCGUCUUUCGUUCAGGAGGCAUAAAAAGCUGGGUAAUCAAGUCAUUAUUUUGAAUCAGAACAGCCAGACACUUGAGAACAAUGGACAGUACAAGAGGGAACCACUAAGAGACCUGAAGGAUAAAUCCGAGUACCAGUUAUGUAAGAGUGAGCAAAAUUUAGCUCAGGCACAGGCACCUCCUAAGCCACCCCGGCUGUAUCUGGACAGUUCCAGCUGCCCCAACAUAAUUGACCACACAGAGUCUCACUCUACAGCCAUCUCCUUUUCCAGUGUCACCCCUCAGUACCAUAAGGCGACACAAACACACGGGACCAACUCCCACACAGUCCAGGCUACAGACUGUGGGACCUCUGAAACAGGCUCUGAUCCCUUCCUUUCCUUCAAAGUGGACUUGGGGCUAUCACUCCUUGAGGAUGUUCUGCAGACUCUCAGGAAACAGAAUCCAAGAGAUUACGCAGCUUGAAAGUGUUUAUCAUUUAAGUUAUUAAGUUAAUUAUCAGCAUUAGUAGUUUCCUUAGCCCUCACAGGAGAAGAGGAAACACUGGCGUGUCCCUACCCUGGAGUGCCUGUCUCAUCGUCCUGCCUUGCCCACCAUAAGUUGUUCUUGUCCAGGCUCCCUUCCUAUUGAGCUGUCAGUACACCAGUAUGUGAGAGAGCCACAUGCUGGAAUCUAGUUUGAUGCAUUUCCAUUCUCUACACUGGACAGGGAAUUCCUCUCCACUGCUGACACUGUACCUCAUCCUGAUGAAAAAAAGGCCACGUUUGGUAACAGAGACCUGUUAUUUUUGAAACACCGCUGUGACUAUAAAAGGCAUGUGGAAAAAGGGGGGCACAGAAAUGGGAUUCCUGGAUAACUGGACAGUUUGGAUGAGAUGGCAGCUCCAAUAUCUCCAAGCCAGGUGGAGCAGAGACAAUGGAUAUGAUGAUUCAGGAUGUUCCUUUUCCAGUGGGUUUCUUUCCCCCUAACUCUGUUAGAUGGGCAUUCCCAUCUACCUUCUAACUGGAAAAAGGUAAGCAGCCGAAAAGGCUCACAAUAUAGCAACAGCGAAUUCUCUAGCCUAUUAGCAAGUGGAACAGCUUCUGUAGAUAUUUGCUUCUUACAGCAUGCUCUGAAUAAUCUGCUGUAAAUAAAUAUAGGUGAGAAUAAAUGUAUCUGUCAUUACAAGUCUGUCCUUGCCUCAUUUCACUUGUACGAAGCCACAACAAUAAAGAUGCCAAGAUCACA